CCACCAUUUUUCUCUUCAUACACAUAUGUUCUUGUUUAUGUUAUAUCUCUAUGGUUUUGUUUGCGAUUUUGACAGUUCCGUAAAAAAUAACCUCAUGGUGAUGGUUAUAUAUUUCACCUUCGUCGGCAUUGUAAGAUCAACAAAUAAAAAUAACCAAAAAUAAUCUCAUCGUAUUUUCAGAUAUCAUAUAAAAAGAAAAAAAAACCUCAUGUGAAACAAAUUUUUAAAAAAAUCAACAAGUUUUUUUUGAACGUCUUCAAGAUUAUUAAGUUCUUGAUUAAUGAUAAUAUUAUAAAUAAAAUAACUAUAUCACUACAGAAAAAUGUUAAUUUACUCAAUUUAAGUGAAUUAAUUUUUCAAAAUGUUCUUCCCUUUCUUGUAAAUGUACCUUAAAUAAUUUGACAUCAUUUCUACCAGAAAAUUAAAGACGAAAAAAAAUGUCUCAAGCAUUAAAUAAGAAAAUAUUCAUGUACAUUGAAGCUUACAGAGAAUGGAUAACACGAAAUCCUCAAUUGGUUGGCGACAUAGAGAGUACCAUUAAAUGUCUUUCCUUUUUUACUGCAGGACGCUUUCACAAUACAUCAUUAGUGUCAGAAUUAAUAUAUUCAUUGACAAAUCUUUUGGUAUUAUUUAACGAUCAACUUAUUUAUAGUAGUAGAAAUAUUGAAAAAAAAUUACCCGAAUCAAAGUCAAGGAUAAAAAUUUGGUUGACUGUUGUUGAUUAUACGGAAGCACUUUUAGAAGUAUCAGCAAAACGAUUAUUAGGCGAAGCGGGAAAAUGGCUUGUUAUUUUUCUAAUACAAAGUCUAAAGUCAGCAUUGAGAUUACUUUUGGUUUUUCGUUACAAAGAAAGAGUUACAAAAACACCAGCGAUUCCCCCUCUUAAUCGUGAAAAAUUUCAUAAUUCUGAAAAUGCAAAAAAUCCCGAGGAAGAAAAGGGCUUUUGUUUAAAACGUUCUGGUGCUGUUGUUCGAAGUAUUAGAAAUAGUAAUUCAACACAAAAUCGCACAUGGUCACCACUUACUCAUCCCAUUUCAUCUGAUACUGGAGAAUCAAGUGUCCAAUGCAAUUCAUCGUCCAGAAAAAAUUUGAUUCUCGCUGAAACACUUUAUGUUGUAAAACCACUUUUACAUCUUGGAUAUUUAUCAAUAAAGGGACAAAGACACUGGUAUCCUUGGCUGUUGUCUUUUGCUGUUGAUAUUGCAAGUUUGAAAAUAUUUAGCCAAGAAGCUAAAACAGCAAGAUUCAAUCGAAACGAGAAAGAGGAAAUUUGUCGCCGUAGAAUAGGAUUACUUCUCUAUUUACUGCGAUCGCCAUUUUACGAUAAGUACAGUCAAAUGAAGAUUUACUCUCUACUAAGUGCAAUAUCAAGAACAGUGCCUUUUGCAAAAAUUGUUGCCGAUCCACUUGCAAAAUAUCUUCCAAAUUGGCAAAAUACCUAUUUUUACAUAUGGUCAUGUUAAAUCAAAUAUUAUAAGAAUAUUACACAGGGAAUAUGGUUAAAUUUUUGAUUAUUGGGAUAAAUAUUGUUUAUGCAGGACGCAGGAAGUGUUUUUGUCAUCUUUUUUUUCAGGUAACAUUCCAUUUUAUGACUUUUCUUUAUUUAUUUAUAUAAAUGUAAAUAAAUAAAUAUACAUAUAUAUAUUUAUUUAUUUAUAUUGGGACGGGGUCCAUGCCAUUUCAACAUAUCGUCGACUUUGAUAUUAUUUAUCAAAUUUUGUUUGUUAAUUGAAAAAUUUUUUUUUACAAAUCACUUUCUUUUUAAUUCUAAAAAGAAUAAUUUUUUUAGAAUUAUUAACCGAUUGUCAAUGCUGCAAAAUUUUUUGAUUUAGACGAAAAUUAAUUUAGCCAGAAAUUCAAUCUCAAUUUGUGUGAAACGUUGUUUCGUAGAAUAUUAAUUUUGCAGAAUAGUAAUUCUGAUUCUUAAUUAUACAGAAAGAAGAUUAGAAAGAAUAUUAAUUUAAAAUAAUAUUCUUCUGUUAAAUAUUAAUUUUACAGAAAAUGCAAAUAGUCGAGACAAUAAAUCACAGAAAUAAUUUGGCGCUAAGUUUAAUAUUAGACUAAUCAAAAAUUUUAAAAAUUGUGAUUGGUCAAAUUUAAAAACUUAGCGACAAAUUAUUUCUGUGAUUGAUUUUCGAUCAUUUGCAUUUUCUGUAAAAUUUCAACGAUAUGAUGAAAUGGACCCCCUUUAAUAUAUGUAAAAUUAAUUCUAUAGGAUAAUUGUAUAAAAAAGUAGACUGUAAAAUAAAUGGUAAUAAUUUACAAAUAUAUUA